CGAGAGCGAGCAGUUAGUUGGGAGAGGAGGAGAGGAGAAUAGCGAAGCGAAGAGAAAGACUGGCCACGAAGGACCCCCCGGGGGAACAGUAUGUGAUGCGAAGCAUAAACAAAAUCGAUGCCUGAUUUCAGGUCGGGUUCGCCUCAGAGAGGGAGAAUAUAUAAAGGAAUCUCCCCCCAAACAAUCAAGAACUAACAGCAGGACGUAAAGGGAAGUAGGGCGCACACUGCCGAGACUGACGAAUAAAGGAGCCGCUGGAGCGCACGUAACGAGGCGGAGAAGCAGAGAAUGCGCUGAAUUCCGCCGGAGAUUUCGGCCCGUCCGAGCGAUGCUUUCGGAACCGGCGGAGCCGCGGGUACGGCGCUGAGCGGGAGCUCCGAGGGCAGAGGCGGCGCACAGCACUGCAAACCGCGGCGUAAAGGGUCGGAACAGUGGGGCUGGGGGUGAUCCAACGUGUCUUUUGUCCCUUUUGCCUGGCGAAAACUGCACAAACUUUCCAAAUGGCACUGGUGAUGGAACCUGUUAGCAAAUGGAACCCGAGUCAGGUGGUGGACUGGAUGAAAGGGCUGGAUGACUGCCUGCAGCAGUACAUCAAGAACUUCGAGAGGGAGAAAGUGGGCGGAGACCAGCUGCUACGAAUCACCCACCAGGAGCUGGAGGACCUGGGCGUGUCCCGCAUCGGGCACCAGGAGCUCAUCUUGGAGGCGGUGGACCUACUGUGUGCGCUGAAUUAUGGUCUGGAGACGGAGAACCUGAAGACCCUGUCCCACAAGCUCAACGCCUCAGCCAAGAACCUGCAGAACUUCAUCACGGGCCGACGCCGGAGCGGUCACUAUGACGGCCGCACCACGCGCAAGCUGCCCAACGACUUCCUCACCUCUGUGGUGGACCUGAUCGGCGCCGCCAAGAGCCUCCUGGCCUGGCUGGAUAGGUCUCCGUUUGCAGCCGUGACAGACUACUCUGUGACCAGGAACAACGUCAUACAGCUGUGCCUGGAGCUCACCACCAUCGUACAGCAGGAUUGUACCGUGUACGAGACGGAGAAUAAAAUCCUGCGUGUGUGUAAGACCCUGUCCGGAGUGUGUGACCACAUCAUUUCCUUGUCGUCAGACCCCCUGGUCUCUCAGUCCGCCCACCUGGAGGUGGUCCAGCUGUCCAACAUCAAACCCACGGAGGGGCUGGGUAUGUACAUCAAGUCAACAUAUGAUGGACUGCAUGUCAUCACUGGGACUACAGAGGGAUCUCCAGCUGACCGCUGUAAGAAGAUCCACGCUGGAGAUGAGGUGAUCCAGGUCAACCAUCAGACUGUGGUGGGCUGGCAGUUGAAAAACUUGGUAAACUCUCUGCGUGGGGACCCCAGUGGUGUGACGUUAACUCUGAAAAAGCGCCCCCAGAGCACUCUCACCUCUGCCCCGGCCUUACUAAAGAACAUGCGAUGGAAGCCCCUUGCCCUGCAGCCCAUCAUUCCCAAGAGCCCCACGAGCAGUGCGGCCACGCCCACCAGCACCAUCAGCACCCCCUCCAAGCGGGACAGCUCCGCCCUGCAGGACCUCUACAUCCCACCCCCCCCAGCCGAGCCGUACACCCCCAGAGAUGAGAAGGGAAACCUACCGGGUGACGACGUGUCCCGUCACCAUGGCAGUGUCCCGGUUGCUAAGGGCUCGGAGUCUCCCAACUCCUUCCUGGACCAGGAGUACCGCAAGCGCUUCACCAUGCUGGAGGAGGAGGCAGUCCUGUACUGCUACGAGUACGACAAGAACCGCGGCUCCGCCCAGGGCCGCAGGGACAGCACCCCCACGUAUGGCAGACUGAGACCGAUCUCCAUGCCUGUGGAAUAUAACUGGGUGGGAGACUAUGAGGACCCAGCCAAACUGCGCAGAGAAGGCAGGAGAGAGAACUCUCUGAUGCGCUACGUGGGCGAGGAGAAGGCCCCGCCCGAGGACUACCUGACGAGCCGCAGCGGGAAACGGGACACGGGCAAGCGGUCGAAGAAGAAGAGUGAGAAGGGGGGCAGCCCGGGGCACUAUGCCCUGCUGCCUGCCCUCCAGAUGGAGGUGCUGAGACAGGAGUCCAUGUCCACGCCCAGCUCGGACUCCGCCUCACUCUACCACACGUUUCAGCAGUCCUCCUCACUGCUGUCAAAGUCCAAGAAGAAGAGUAAAGCACCCCUGGCCUCCAUCAGCAAGCGUAGGAUCUCCUGUAAGGACCUGGGUCGCGGGGACUGUGAGGGCUGGCUAUGGAAGAAGAAGGACGCCAGGAGCUACUUCUCUCAGAAGUGGAAGAAGUACUGGUUCGUCCUGAAGGACGCCUCGCUGUACUGGUACAUGAACGAGGAGGAUGAGAAGGCUGAGGGCUUCGUCAGCCUCCCAGAGUUCAAGAUCGACCGGGCCAGCGAGUGCCGCAGGAAGUAUGCGUUUAAGGCCUGCCACCCGAAGAUUAAAAGUUUCUACUUCGCUGCAGAUGGUGUGGACGAUAUGAACAGGUGGCUGAGCCGUCUCAACAUGGCGGCAGCAGGGUAUGCAGAGCGAGAGAGGAUUAGGCAGGAUCAAGACUACUGGAGUGAGAGCGACCACGAGGACAACGAGACGCCGUCAACGCCCAAGCAGGACAGCCCCCCGCCGCCCUACGACACCUACCCCCGCCCCCCCUCGAUGAGCUGCGCCAGUCCCUACCUGGAGCCCAAACACGGCCGCCUGUCUUCCACGGAGACGUCCCAGUCCCGCUCCUCCCAUGAGGAGUUCCGCUCCGAGCCACCGGGGGGCAGCAGCAGCUGCGGGGGGUCGCCGGCGCGGAAGUCGGCCAGCCAGCGGCGCUCUUGGCAGGACCUGAUCGAGACGCCCCUGACCAGCUCGGGGCUGCACUACCUGCAGACGCUGCCGCUGGAGGACGCGGUGUUUUGCGAGCCGGGCGGGGGCGGGGGCGUGUCGCCGGAGUACCGCCGCCAGUCCACCCUGCCGGCCCAGCGCACCCUCCUGCAGGACCACUACGGCCCCUUCCCCAUGGCCCCCGGCGAGCGGCUCCGCGACCUGGCCGGGGCGGGGGGCAAACCCCGCAGCUUCACCCUGCCCCGGGACGGGGCCCUCCACACCCUGCUCAGCCCCUCCCCCAGCACCUCCGAGCACAGGGAGCCGCACCGGCGGGAGCUCGGCCACAGCCAUGAUGCAGACACAGACGGUGACCGGGAGGCGGGACAGCGGGCGGACUCCCUGCGGGACCUGUACCGGGCCCUGGAGCGGGCCAGCCUGUCGCCCACGGGUGAGCGCAGACUCUCCUCCAAGCUGGACUACAAGCGCUCCUUCCUGCGCCGCUGCAACGACCCGCAGCUGAACGACAAGCUUCACCGCCUACGCAUCCUGCAGAGCGUGCUGAAGGAUAGGGAGGGGGAGGUAGCCAUGAUUGACAGCCUGUUGGACAAUCCCAAGCUGUCGUCCUCGGCCUUGCGGGAGUGGAAGAGGACGUACCUGGAGCUGUUUGCGGAGGUGCCCCCGCAGCAGAGUGCUCACAAAGAGAGCGCCAGCGGGGCCCCCGAACCCGCCCCCCGCGUCCCCACACUGUCCCACACACACUCCUACAUCGAGACGCACGUGUGAGCCCCGCAAUCAAAGCGUGCCGUUGUCCUGUUCCUGCCCCCACUGCACCCGCGCCACAC